UGAUGAUGAUCAUCCCGAUUUCUUCGUAAUCGUUUCUCAUAAACUUUUGCCCAACAAAGAUUUGAUUUUAUACGAUCGAUCGAUCCUUCAUUUCAAUGGCGUCUUCUUUAACUUCAUCCGUUCAUAAGAGCUUUAAGUAUGAUGUAUUUUUGAGUUUCAGGGGCGAAGAUACUCGUACAAACUUUGUUGAUCAUCUUUAUCAUGCUCUCCAGCAGAAAAGCAUUCAUAUUUACAAGGACGAUGAGAAAAUCAAAAAAGGGAAAAAGAUCAGUGAUGAGCUCAUCGGAUCUAUUGAAGACUCAAAAUUCUACAUCAUUGUUUUCUCAAAGAACUAUGCCUCUUCAUCUUGGUGCUUGGAUGAGCUUGUGAAGAUAAUGGAGUGCCACAGGACGACAACAGAGCACACUGCUUACCCUGUCUUCUAUGAUGUGGAACCCUCUGAAGUCAGAAAACAAAGUGGGGCAGUUGGAGAAGCAUUUGCCAAGUACGAAAUGGAAGAGGCUGCUGAGACAUGGAAGGUGGCUCUGAAAGAAGCAGCGGAUCUCUCUGGAUGGGAGUUGAAGAAGACUGCUGAUGGGCAUGAAGCUAAAGUUAUCCAAAGAAUAGUUGAAGAGAUUUCACUAGAGUUACGUUCAAUCAGUCUCAACAUUGAUGGAAAGUUGGUAGGAAUGGAGACCCGGAUCAAAAAUCUUGUACCAUCUUUAGGAAUUGGCUGUGAUAAUGUCCACAUGAUCGGGAUCAAGGGGAUGGGAGGUGGUGGAAAGACAACUUUAGCAAGAGCUCUUUUUGAUAGAAUAUCCCUUCAGUUCGAAGGUAAAAGCUUCGCAGAAAAUGUCAGGGAAAAUGCUUCUUUGUUCGGUUUAAAGUCGUUGCAAAAGCAAAUCCUUUCAGAUGUAUUAAAUGAAGACAUACGUGUAAGUAGUGUUUAUGACGGGAAAGACAUGAUGAAGAGGAGACUGCCUCACACAAAGGUUCUUGUUGUUCUAGAUGAUGUGGAUCACAUAGACCAACUUGAGGCUUUAGCAGGUGAGCCUAACUGGUUUAAGCCUGGGAGUAGAAUUAUCAUUACAACAAGAGAUGAGCAAGUGCUCAUAGCACAUGGAGUGAAGUUCAUUCAUGAUGUCAAUCUGCUAUCCGAUAAGGAAGCAAUUUGCCUCUUUAGUAGGCAUGCGUUUGGGAGAGAUAUUCCAGUUCAAGGGUAUGAAGAGCUAUCAAGAAAAGUUGUACGUUACGCGGCUGGUCUUCCCUUGACGAUUAGGGUUUUGGGUUCGUUUCUUUGCGGAAAAGAUGAGCUUGAAUGGAUAGAUGCCAUAGAAAGACUAAAAACGAUCCCCGAAACAGAAACUUUAAAAAAAUUGGAAUUAAGUUAUACAUGUCUAGAGGAGGAUUACAAGGAAAUAUUCCUAGAUGUUGCAUGCAUCAUGAAAGGUUGGCAGAAAGAUAAAGCAAUCAAAGCGCUUGAAAGCUGUGGAUUUCGUGCUAGAAAUGGCUUAAAAGUUCUUCAGCAAAAAUCUCUUAUAACUAUUUAUAAGAACUUUGAUGAUCACAUAGGCAUGCAUGACCAUAUUGUAGAAAUGGGCAGGAAUAUUGUUCGUCGCAGGCACCCCGAUAAGCCUCAGAGACAUAGCCGAUUGUGGAUUGAAGAUGAAAUUGAAGAGAUAUUGGCUAAUGAUUUGGGUACUGAAGCAACAAGAUGUAUACAAUUCCACACUAUCAGAUUUAAUCCACAUAUUUUUAUAAAAGGUUUGAGAAAGAUGAAGGAGCUUAGAUUUCUUUCUAUUCGCGGAUAUUGUUCCAGUGAUUUGGAGUUUAGUACAGUUGUUCCAGACUUCCCAAAUGCUUUACGAUGUUUAGAUUGGACCAAUUACCCUUUUAGGUCUUUACGCACAACAUUUCAAGCAAAUAAUAUUGCUGCACUUAAGAUGGAUGGCAGCAGAAUUGUACAACUUUGGGAAGGGGGAGAAAGAAAGGCUCUCAACAAGCUCAGAUUCCUUGACCUCAGUAGUUCAUUGUUGAGUACGCUUGACAUUGGGCUGGCUCCAAAUCUUGAAGAGUUGGGUCUUUUUGAAUGCAAAUAUUUGGAAAAACUUCACUUACCUGAAAGAUGUCUAAAUCUAAAACGCUUACUACUCACUAAUUCAAAAUUGAGGACCCUUGAGAUUGGGCUGACUCCGAAUCUCGAGAAGUUAUAUCUUGAAAGGUCUUGUUGUUUGGAAGAACUUCACAUGGUCAACGAAUGUCAAAAACUAGCCGAACUCCGAAUUAGUCAUUCAAACUUGAGGACCUUUGACCUUGGGAUGACUCCAAAUCUCAAAAAGUUAGAUCUCAAAGAGUGUCGUAAAUUGAUAAACUAUUAUGCUGCUUGUAGUGUGGAUGAAUCACUUGAGGUUGGUCCUUUAGCCAAGUUGCAUCUGAUUGUAGAGUCUAUAGAAAGAUGCCAACUUCACCCUGAUAGUAACUUGCCAAAGUUUCAGUUUAGAUGUUUUUAUACAGAAGAUCGACCCUCAUUGACGAGAAAUCUUGAGAUGCUUUUUUCUGUAGGUAUGUGUGCUUGCACAAACCUCGAGACAUUUUCACGAAGCAUUUAUGGGUUACAACGUUUAAGAGAGCUUGAACUCAAAGGCAUUUUUCUAGAGGCGAUCAUGGACAUCGACCAGUUAGAAUCUCUCGAGGAGCUAAUAUUGUUGUCUACAAAGAUUAAACAUCUUCCGGAUAGCAUUUGCAUGUUGAAACACCUGAAAUAUCUCAAACUUUAUGAUUGUUCGCUGCUUGAGAAGUUACCAGAGGAUCUUGGCCAAUUAGAAUGUUUAAAGAAGCUACGUUUGACAGAUGUAAAGAUGAUUAAACAUCUUCCGGAUAGCAUUUGCAUGUUGAAACGCCUGAAAUAUCUCAACCUUUAUAAUUGUUCGCUGCUUGAGAGGUUACCAGAGGAUCUUGGCCAAUUAGAAUGUUUAGAGAAGCUACAUUUGACAGAUGCAAAGAUUAUUAAACAUCUUCCCGAUAGCAUUUGCAUGUUGAAACGCCUUAAAGAUCUUAGACUUUGUGGUUUGCUGCUUGAGAAGUUACCAGAGGAUAUUGGCCAAUUAGAAUGUUUAGAGGAGCUAAAUUUAAUGGGUUGUGAACGUUUACAAGAUAUCCCGAAUAGCAUUUGUGAGAUGAAACGCCUAAAAUAUUUCUUUCUUGACGAUUGUAUUCGAGUUAAGAAAUUGCCUGAGGAACUUGAACGUUUGGAAUGUUUAGAAGUGUUAUAUAUAGAUGGUACAAUCAUUAGUCAUCUUCCUCUGAGCAUUCUUUUGUUGAAUGAAGCUCUGGUGGGGCCCGGAAAAGACAACUCAAAUAGAACUAUUGUAAAAGCCAAAGUCAACGAUUAGAACUAGAAAGAGACAAGUACUGUACAUAAACACAACGUUUGUGUUACAUAUAGAUCUUUUCAUAUCAUUAUAUAUGUGGAGGAUAGAAAUAUCACUGAUUUCUAUCAGGCAGCUGCAUCUGGUCUGUUUUUGAUCAACAAUGAUGACAACUGGGAUGAAUAUUUAUUAAUUGAGAUUCAUUUGUUAUCUACGUAAGGGAAUGUAUUUCUUAUCUCAAGCCAUGUUACUUAGUUCUCAGCAACCUCUACUCAUAAUAUGGUCUCUAGAUAGGAUCUUGAUCUUUUACAAUUUCUAUAUAUGGAGCUGAGUGCCUCAUUACCGAAGUUCUGUGUAUUUUUCUUUAUUUUGGUCAGAUAUAACUUGAAAAGACUGUUAUAACCUGGUUCACCCUAAUCUCAUUCUAUUCUCAUGAUUUUCUCUCAUAAAAAAAUAAAUUAAUUAGUUUUGGAGUAAAGAAAUGCUGAGAAAUGGAUAUGACACACUCUGGUACAUUGCUAUAUCUAAGAUUUGUUCGAUAUUUAUGUAUGUAUGUAUUUUUGUAUAAAUGUAUAAAUGUAUGUAUGUUUCUGCAUUAUAUUACAAUUUGGAAAUGGUUGAUCUUUUAUCAUCCACAAUAUUAAUCUAUAUAUAUUCACCUUAAAAUGUGCAUGGAUACCUUUGAUGACAAGGUCGAGACUUUCCCAUUAUCAAGAGUUAUUUUAACUGCAAAAAAUUGAUAAUAAAUUCGUUCC